ACAAGACAAAAUAUAUCAUAUCACUACGCCGAUUUAAGUUUAAAAAUAUAAUAUACCCUUUUACUCUACGAGUAACGGGUAUAAAUACAAAAUGUAUACUAGGCACUAAGAAUUUUCUACCACAAUUACAUUUUAAACUGAAAUCAGUUCGAAGCUGUAAAAUGUAGAUCAAAUCAUAGAAAUGAUUUGAAAAAACUUAUAAAUUUGGUGGCAGCGUUAAAUGCUCACUAAUUACUCCAUAGUACAAUGGAAAAAUAUCAAAGUAAGUGCAUUGUUUACCUCAUAAGUCACAAAUUUAAACAUUCAACCUCUUCUUUCCUUUAAGCUGUCUAUUAUCUUCUCAAUAUAUCAAGAAUAAUACAAAAUUGCCACAUUGCCCUUCUGUGGCCUCCCCAAAUUAAUCAAAGUUGGCUGAUUAAUAACCUCAAUGUAAAUCUAUAACCGAAUCAGUUCAAUUAAACAGAGUGCAUCAUUAGAACUGUUUGAUGCCAGAUAAAAACAGGCAAUAUUUUAUUUGUCAGGGUCAUGUUUUAUCCACCCACUAAGAUACACUAAGCGAGCGGAAUUUCCUUUUUGACCAAAACAAAUAUAGCGAAAAAGUGGCAUGACAAAAACUUGCACUAAUUUGCUAAUGAGCGGCUCAUCCAUAAUUUAAGUGAAAUAAAAUGUAAAGUAAUAUUACAAAAGCAGAGCAAAAAGUCGAGCAACUAACUGCAAACGUGUUGCUCAUUAAUGGCCCAAAAACUUAAUGAAAAGCCCUCGACAAAAGUUUCGAGGAGCGUUGCGCAUGCGCUCUUUAAUUUUUCCCUCUCAGCGAUCGCUUGGCUUAGGGCUUUUGCCCAAAAAACUACAACCUACUACAGCUGAAAGCCAUAAGUCAAAGCGUUGUCAUCGCAGCUCGGCUUGAACUGCCAGUCGUCAGCGGUUGUUCCGUGCGGUUGGAUCUCCGGUUAACAAAGUCACAGAAAUCAAAUACACUACCAAGAAAAUCUCAAUAAAAAAUCGCACUUAGGGCCGCCACAGAAGUACCCAAGUAUUUUAGUGUUAUUCUGCUGAUUCAUUUCGCUUUGUGACGGAAGUUUUUCCCAUUUCCCCCGUUCGCGUGCGGCCAUUAAUUUGAAUGUGCACCUGAUUUGUAUCGCAAUCGAAAGCCGCCCACUAUUUUCCGGUCAAGUUCGCUUACGUUAACCGAGAACCAAAUAUAUAUGCUCCACCAUUAACCACGAUUGUCAUUUGGCCGGCGAUGCCUCAAUGGGGAAGACCAGAAAAAAGCUAUUCCUUUGGCGCGUGUGAAGUUGUGACUCGACCCAAUUAAGCAAAAACGCAAAUAUAAUUAACAAAAAUAUUUUAAUUAUACCAGCUGAUGGCGGCAAAAAGCUUUCACUGCAACACAACAGCCAAACCCGUUUUCAUGCUUAAAACCCUGCAUAUACAUAUAUACGAAUACAGUUGUUGCUCUUACUAUAAGGGACAUAAUAAGAUAUAGUAAAAGACAGCAGCCAAGCGGCCGCGUCGCAUCGCAUUCGGCAACUUGUUUAUUUCAAAAUUAUAUAUAACAAACACCAAAAAAAAAAAAGCCCCAAAACGGGUAUCUUAUAAAUAGUGCGCUUUGUUUCGGCACGCAACAACAAGAUCGACACCCCAACAACAGCGGCUCUCACUUGACGUAGGUCAGGCCAAAGCUCCGCUCGAUCAAAGAAAAAAAGAAAAAAGAUUCCACAUCUGUUGCCGGCGUUUUGAUCGAAAAAAGAGAGGAACCCGAUAAAUGGGUCUCGCCCCAUCUCCGUAGACUCCAUCCAUCCGAUCGUCUCCGAGAAAAUGCUCCACUGGUCCCUGAUCGUCAGCGCCCUGGGCGUCUGCGUGGCCGCCUUGGGCGGCUACUGCGGUUGGAUCCUCUUCCCCAACAUGGUGCACAAAAAGGUCGAGCAGAGCGUGAUUAUAGCAGAUGGCUCGGAACAAUAUAAACGUUUUGUUAACCUGCCCCAGCCAUUGAACUUCAAGGUCUACAUUUUUAAUGUAACAAAUCCGGAUAGGAUACAACAAGGUGCCAUACCCAUAGUCGAGGAAAUAGGACCCUAUGUAUACAAACAGUUCCGUCAGAAGAAGGUCAAGCAUUUUUCGAGAGACGGGUCAAAAAUAUCCUAUGUGCAAAAUGUGCACUUUGAUUUCGAUGCAGUGGCCUCGGCUCCGUACACCCAAGAUGAUCGGAUUGUGGCGCUCAAUAUGCACAUGAACGCAUUUUUACAAGUAUUCGAAAGAGAAAUCACAGAUAUCUUUCAGGGUUUUGCCAAUAGGCUAAACUCUCGAUUGAAUCAAACUCCAGGUGUACGAGUCCUGAAACGAUUAAUGGAACGUAUUCGAGGGAAACGUAAAUCUGUUCUGCAAAUAUCGGAGAAUGAUCCUGGCUUGGCGCUACUCCUGGUCCAUUUAAAUGCCAAUCUCAAAGCGGUCUUCAACGAUCCGAGAUCGAUGUUUGUGAGCACUUCUGUGAGGGAAUACCUCUUCGAUGGAGUGCGUUUCUGCAUCAAUCCCCAGGGAAUCGCCAAGGCUAUUUGUAACCAGAUCAAGGAAAGUGGUUCGAAAACCAUUCGGGAGCAGAGCGAUGGCAGCCUGGCCUUCUCCUUUUUUGGUCAUAAAAAUGGUUCCGGACACGAAGUCUACGAAGUCCAUACUGGAAAGGGGGAUCCCAUGAGGGUAUUGGAGAUCCAAAAACUGGAUGACAAUCAUAAUCUACAGGUGUGGCUCAACGCUAGUACAGAGGGUGAAACAUCAGUCUGCAAUCAGAUAAAUGGAACUGAUGCCUCCGCCUAUCCACCAUUUCGUCAGCGGGGGGACUCCAUGUAUAUCUUCAGUGCGGAUAUUUGCAGAUCAGUGCAGCUAUUUUAUCAGACAGAUAUCCAGUACCAGGGAAUACCUGGAUACCGGUACUCUAUCGGCGAGAACUUUAUAAACGACAUUGGACCGGAACAUGAUAAUGAGUGCUUCUGCGUUGACAAAUUGGCGAAUGUGAUUAAGAGGAAAAAUGGAUGUCUAUAUGCGGGAGCCUUGGAUUUGACCACCUGUUUGGAUGCCCCUGUAAUCUUAACAUUGCCUCACAUGCUGGGCGCCUCGAAUGAGUACCGAAAGAUGAUUCGGGGCCUAAAGCCUGAUGCCAAAAAGCAUCAGACUUUUGUGGAUGUGCAGUCGCUGACAGGCACGCCCCUGCAAGGCGGUAAAAGGGUUCAGUUCAACAUGUUCCUAAAGAGCAUUAAUCGCAUAGGCAUCACCGAAAAUUUACCCACAGUUUUGAUGCCCGCCAUUUGGGUGGAGGAGGGCAUUCAACUCAAUGGCGAAAUGGUGGCCUUUUUCAAAAAGAAAUUGAUUAACACGCUUAAAACCCUCAAUAUUGUCCACUGGGCGACCUUGUGCGGUGGCAUUGGUGUGGCGGUUAUGUGUCUGAUAUACUAUAUCUAUCAAAAGGGGCGUGUCGAGGAGCCACCCGUGAAGUAAGAUAUUAAUCAUAAAUCCGUAUUUGUUAUUGAGUGUUAUGUAAAAGUGUAUUUGUUAUAUUAUUAUGAUAAUUAUGGAUGUAACACACGCAGUUUUUGUCUACGAAUUUGUAUAUAAUUUAUUUUUUUAAUUGUGAUUCUAUUGUAUUGUGAUUUAGCGUUUACUAAAAAAAAAACAAGAA